CGAGAAAAUUUUCGACUUGAAUGGAAAAAAUUGGCAACUAAAACAGUCAAUCCUAAUUCUACUCAUAUUACUGAUUCUUCACGGUGGAUCUGCUCAUGUUAUAGUUUUCUUUUAAGUCGCUUUCACAUAUGCAAACAUUUGAUACAAAUUUAUGGUCCCGUUGAGCCAGGAUUUUUUAAAAAGGUAAUACGUCAAGAGCAUUAUCCCUUAUUAGAAAUCAAAGAAGAAAAUGCUUUUGCUGAUUUGCCUGAAGAUAUUCGUGCAUCAAUUAAAAAUUUAAAUUCCUAUACUUACGAAUUAAUUUCCUCCGGUUCACAAGUCAAUAAUCAAGUUCAUGAACAAGAAUCUGUUACAAUUAGUUCAAAUGAAUAUUUAAUGGAUGUUGUUAAUGAAUACUCAAUGGAUGUUGUCAAUGAUGAUCAAGAUCUAAUCUUGUUUCAAACUCGAAAAAAAGAAAUUUUCAAUUUGUUGGACGAAACUAAAAAUAUCCUUGAAAAAAAUGUGGAAAAUCCAAACAAAUGGCUCGAUAGCAUAGAAAAAAACUUUGAACCAUUACGGAAAUUAGUGGAAGAUUGUAAACGAUUUGAGAGACAAACGCACAUUCCAAAUACUUGGAAAAAUCGCAACAAUAAUACUUUCUGGUUGUAA